AUGAAUUAUUCGAAUAUUUGUAUUAUACUGAACGGUUGCAUGAAACUAGACCGCGGCUUACGGCAAACAGCUUUCUUUAAAAACGGUCAGUGUUACAAACAAGGUAUAUUUAGGAGUCCUGUACGUUGCCUUCGUAGUUACCAAUGCCUUAGAAAAGCUCAUGAUGAUGGUGUUACGGUGCUUCCAUCUCCGCAGGAGGUGUCAGCAACACUGCGAAAAAAUGAAUAUAACAAAGAAUUCAUAUAUGGCACUAUAAAAUCCUAUGACUCUAAUCAAUUGGCUUCUAAUCAUCCUAUUGAAGACACUAGAAGUGAGGCUCAAUGUAUUUUCACUCCAGGGUUUUUAAUGGGAGUCUUUGAUGGACACGGAGGCCCAGCUUGUGCUCAGGUUAUAUCUAAACGGAUGCUAAAGUAUAUUGCUGCAAGUCUAUUAUCUGCACAUGAUUUAGAGAAAGUUAAAAAACAGGAGGUCAUGGAUAAUUUGAUAGAAACAUUCAAUGAUAAGGCAGAUAUAGUUCAAGACCUAAAAAUGAUAUAUGAAAAGAGUUUUCGGACAUAUUUAGAUGAUCUGUCAAAACUACACGAAGAAGGUGAUGUUGAUGUUCAAACUCGUUUAGAAAAGAGUGUACUUCAUCUAGAUGAUGACUUAUCAAAGGAAGUCUUAGACCCAUACUCAACAGAUGGAUUUAUCAAUCAUAAAACAUUAUCUGUUGCCUUGUCAGGUGCUGUUGCCUGCAUUGCCUAUAUUGAUGGACCUCAUUUAUAUGUAGCUAAUAUUGGUGACUGCAAUGCUGUCUUAGGGACUAUGACUGAAGAAAAUGAAUGGAUCUCAAAGAAGAUAACCAAAGAGCACAAUUCAGAAAAUAUAGAUGAACUAAAAAGGAUAUGGAAUGAACAUCCAGAAAAUGAGAGAAAUACAAUUAUCAGACGUGAUAGACUCUUAGGUGAAUUAGCACCAUUAAGGAGUUUGGGUGACUUUAGAUAUAAAUGGUCAGCUGACAUGUUAGGAAAGCUUGCUGUUCCUUUAAUAGGUCAAAGAGCAAUCCCCGCAAACUAUCACACACCUCCAUAUUUAACUGCAAAGCCUGAUGUCUUCUAUCACAGACUGACUCCAAAGGACAAGUUCUUAAUUAUUGCAUCAGAUGGAAUCUGGGAUAUGAUGACACCGCUCCAAUCUGUGAAAUUAGUUGGUGAACACAUGAAAGGAAAAGUGUUUUUCAAUCCUCUUAAAUUGCCAAAAAAAAACAUUCAGUUGGGUGAUAUAAAUGAGUUAUUAUUGCAUAGAAAGGAAAGUUUAAAAAGUAAACCAAAAGAUAGGAACGCAGCAACCCAUUUAAUAAGGCACGCAAUAGGUGGUACUGAAUACGGUGUUGAUCACUCAAGACUGGCUCAUUUACUCAGCUUGUCACCAGACGUCAGUAGAAUGUUCCGAGAUGAUAUGACUGUUACAGUUAUUUACUUUGACUCAGAGUAUCUUCGACAGUGCCCGGCUUAA